AAGAUUCCACAAAAAAAACUCAGUGUUGUCUCUCUCUCUCACUCGUCCCGCUCUCUCUUUCUCUCUAUCUAAAUAUCUGUUUUGCGUGCUCAGAUCUGAACAUAGACAUAAACUGAAGAUGACUGACCGAGUCUUCCCUGCUUCCAAGCCACCAACCGCCACCACUAAUGGAGUUCCACCCGGUGCUGCCUUAGCACCUCCUCCUCCUGCUCCAACUGCCGUUAACGGUAACGGCAUGUCUAGCCAGAAACCUCAAGUCUACAUUCCAGCUAACCGCCCCGUUUACCGUCCACAGCCUUACAGUCGCCAUCACCACCACCAAUCCCGCCCAAGCUGCCGGCGAGUUUGCUGCUGCUGUUGUUUCUGGUCCAUCUUAAUCUUCCUACUCCUCGCUCUCAUGGCCGCAAUAGCCGCCACCGCCGUGUACGUGAUCUACCACCCUCGUCCUCCGUCGUUCUCCGUCCCGUCGCUUCGAAUCAGCCGCGUGAACCUCACCACCGCGUCUGAUACUUCUGUCUCCCACCUCUCUUCGUUCUUCAACUUCACUCUGCUCUCCGAGAAUCCCAACCAGCACCUAACCUUCUCCUACAACCCCUUCGCCGUCACCGUCAAGUCCGCGAAAUCGGGGGAGACGCUCGCGAACGGCACCGUCCCUGGCUUCUUUAGCGAUAACAAGAACAAGAGGACGUUUCGCGGCGUGAUCGCGACGUCUACGUCGGCGCGUGAGCUGGAUCCGGAAGAAGCUCGGCGUCUGAAGUCGGAUCUGACGAGGGCGCGCGUGGGGUUGGAGAUAGAGAUGAGGACGAAGGUGAAAAUGCAAAUGGGGAAGGUGAAGAGCGAAGGAGUGGAGAUCAAAGUGACGUGUCGAGGAUUCGAAGGGACAGUACCUAAAGGUAAAACUCCGACCGUGGCGACCUCGAAACAAAGUAAGUGUAAGUCUGAUCUGAGUGUCAAGGUCUGGAAGUGGAGUUUUUGAUAAAUUUCAGUAUUGAUAUUUAUGGGCCAUUUUCUGGAUUUAUAUAACUGUUGGAAUGAUCCAAGAGAAAACCUCUUCCUCAGUGUUAGUUAAAAAUUUGCAGAGAAGAGUCAGAGAGAUUUGUUGUGGUUAGUAGAGGACGGAGGAAUCCACUCACGCCUUGUGAAAUUUUUCUUUGGAUUUUUGUUCGUUUUUUUCUUUUUCUUUUGGGAGUUUCUUAUUUAAAUUAUGAAUGGGAUACAAAGCAUAAAUGUAAUAUAUAAUGAUGGUAUUGACUAUUGAGGACUAAAACGCUGGAGAUGGGAGUGACUGCAUUA